AUGAGGCCCUCUCUUUCUCUCGCAGCUGCGCUUCUGGCAGCACCGCUCGUCAAUGCCGCGCAGUCCUUUGCUGGAUCGAACUUGUAUUAUGCGGCUGGUCUGACGGAUGAUCAGUCGACGACAUUGUUCCAGGGUCUGCAGGGUGCUGGCGUCAAGGUGCUUCGCGUGUGGCUUGACGGCCAAUCCGGAAAAACAAAGGGCACAGAAAUCGACUCCUUCCCCUCUCUCGAAUCCGACAACCCCGGAAACUGGGACGACACUGUGCUCACACGCUACGACGACCUAAUGGUGAAAGCCAACGGGUACGGAAUCAAGCUGCAAAUCUCGAUUCACAGCUACAACGCGCUGACCGCGGAUCCACCGGAUAUCUAUGGGCAGUGGUAUGGAAAGGGGGAUUUUUAUACGAGUGAAGAUGCCAUGGGAUACUUUAAGAACCGCAUUGCGCAUGUGCUGGAGCAUGUGAAUCCAAACACCAACAAGACGUGGGCGGAGAGUUCCGAGUAUAUUUUUGCGUUUGAGGCGGAGAAUGAGGCGAUGCAUGAUCAGGAAAACCCAGAUGCGUUGACCAACUGGCAGUGCAUCAUGGCCGGCGCCAUCAAGGACAGCCUCAAUGGCAACACGGACAUCCUGGUGACCACCGGCGGCGGCGCAUGGCUGGACAACUCUCUGCUCGACGCAUACUUUACCUGCGACAGCCUAGACAUCCUGGCCAUCCACGCCUACGGCACCGGCGACUUCGCCACCGACAAGAUCCAGCCCUACGUUACCAAGGCACAAUCCAACAACAAAAAGCUCAUCAUGCAAGAAUGGGGCGCCUGCUACUGGGAUUCGGAGAACAACAGCUGCGGAAAAUCGUCGCCGCUCGACGAGGGCACACGCGAGAGUAAUAUCAAGACGUGGGCUGACCAGAUCAGCGCCGCCGGUGUCCCGUGGUUUUACUGGCAGAUUCUGCCGAAUGAGGAUACGCAUUCGGAUUGGGAUUAUGAGGUUGGCAUUGACGGGACUGCCUGGGGUGCGCUGGAGAGUGCAGUUAAUGGGACCGCUGGGUACGAGGCUGCGUUUGAUUUUUCGAGCUAUCUUUUGUAG